UCCGCCAUAACGACACUGAUUUACCGGAGGGACGAAAGAUCGGAAAACACAACGAUAUGGACUCUCCAAACAGGAGUCGCAGUCCCAGUCCUGCUCAAAAACAACACAGUGGAGAGUCAGAGGAGGAGUCCAGUCCAGCAGCAGAGAGACCCAAAAAGGCUGACUCAGUGGAGAGAAGCCCUGGAGAGAGACCGUCCCCUCAGGCCAGUCUUGCAGACCGCCCCACUUCCGAGAGUGAGGCCUCCAGCAGCUCAGACAGCAGCAGCAGCAGUGACGACGAUGACGAUGAACAUCAUGGGGCAAUGAGGAAGAUAAGGAGCAGCGUGGCUCAGAUCAAAAGAUCCAGGUCCAGAGAGCGAGGCAGGUCCAGGUCCAGAGGGCAAGAUAGAUCCAGCUCCAGGGAGCGAAACAGAUCCAGGUCCAGGGAGCGAGACAGAUCCACAUCCAGAUCCAGGGGACGCGACAGAUCCAAAUCCAGAGAGAGAGACCGCUCCAGAUCCAGAUCCAAAGAGCGAGACAGAUCCAGGUCUAGAGGGAGAGACAGAUCCGGAUCCAGGUCUAGAGGGAGAGACAGAUCCAGAUCCAGAGAGAGAGACUGGGACCGGCAGCAUUACGACAGAGGACGCUAUGCUCGGGACCGCUACAAUGAUCGCUAUGACGACAGGGACAGGCGCUUUGAGCGGCGAACCAAUCGGGACGCAGAGUUCGACCACAGGAGGCGGGGUCGAUCGCCCUCCCCUCCGACCGACAAAGAGCCGGCAGCCGCAGAGGAGCCGGUGGCAAAGAAGAAGAAGGAGGAGAUCGACCCCAUCCUGACGAGGACCGGCGGAGCUUACAUCCCUCCUGCACGGCUACGCAUGAUGCAGCAACAAAUCAGUGACAAGAGCAGCCUGGCCUAUCAGAGGAUGAGCUGGGAGGCUCUGAAGAAGUCCAUCAACGGUCUGAUCAAUAAAGUCAACGUCUCUAACAUCGUCAUGAUCAUUCAGGAGCUGCUGCAGGAGAACAUCGUGAGGGGGAGGGGUCUGCUGGCUCGCUCCGUGCUACAGGCUCAGGCAGCGUCUCCCAUCUUCACUCACGUGUACGCCGCUGUCGUCGCCAUCAUCAACUCCAAGUUCCCUCAGAUCGGAGAGCUCAUCCUCAAACGCUUGAUCCUGGCCUUCAGGAGAAGCUACCGGCGCAACCUUAAGCUACAGUGCCUGACAGCCUCAAAGUUUGUGGCUCAUCUCAUCAACCAGAACGUGGCUCAUGAGGUUUUGUGUCUGGAGAUGCUCACCCUGUUACUGGAGCGUCCCACCGACGACAGCGUGGAGGUCUCCAUCCAAUUCUUGAAGGAGUGCGGACUCAAACUGACCGAGGUCUCCCCCCGAGGAAUCAACGCCAUAUUUGAGCGUCUCAGGAACGUCCUCCACGAGUCGGCCAUCGACAAGAGGGUCCAGUACAUGAUUGAGGUGAUGUUCGCCAUCAGGAAGGACGGUUUUAAAGAUCACCCGGUGAUCCCCGAGGGCCUGGACCUGGUGGAGGAGGAUGACCAGUUCACCCAUAUGUUGCCUCUGGAUGACGAGUACAACACAGAGGACAUCCUCAAUGUGUUUAAGUUGGACCCAGACUUCCUGGAGAACGAGGAGAAAUACAAAACCAUCAAAAGAGACAUCCUGGACGAGGGCAGCAGUGAUUCAGAGGAGGAGGGAGACGGCAGCGACGAUGAUGACGAUGAUGAAGAAGCGAAUGAGGAGGAGGAAGGUGAGAAGGUCACCAUCUUCGAUAAAACAGAAGUCAACCUGGUUGCUUUCAGAAGAACCAUCUACCUCGCUAUACAGUCCAGUUUGGACUUUGAGGAGUGUGCACACAAACUGAUCAAGAUGGACUUCCCUGACACCCAGACAAAAGAGCUGUGCAACAUGAUCCUGGACUGCUGCGCUCAACAGAGAACCUACGAGAAGUUCUUUGGUCUGCUAGCCGGGAGGUUCUGUCUGCUGAAGAAGGAGUACAUGGAGAGUUUUGAGGGGAUCUUUGCAGAGCAGUACGACACCAUUCACAGACUGGAGACCAACAAGUUGAGGAACGUGGCCCGACUGUUUGCUCACCUCCUCUACACAGACUCUGUCCCCUGGAGUGUGUUGGAGUGUAUCAGGAUAAGUGAGGAAACAACGACGUCAUCCAGCAGGAUCUUUGUGAAGAUCCUCUUCCAGGAGCUCUGCGCCUACAUGGGUCUACCCAGACUCAACCAGAGGCUCAAAGACCCGACUCUGCAGGUGUUCUUUGAAGGUCUCUUUCCUCGUGAUAACCCCAGAAACACUCGCUUCGCCAUCAACUUCUUCACAUCUAUUGGACUGGGAGGACUGACGGACGAGUUGAGAGAACAUUUGAAGAACGCUCCAAAGAUGAUCAUGACUCAGAACCAGGAAGUGGAAUCCUCUGACUCCUCCUCGUCCUCUUCAUCCUCCUCCUCCUCGUCUGACUCGUCCUCUUCAGACUCCUCCAGCGAAUCAGAUUCCGACUCCUCUGACUCGUCCUCCAGCAGCAGCAGCAGCAGCAGUUCAGACUCAGACAACAAACACAAGAAGAAGAAGAAGAGAAAAGAACAAAGUGAGAAGAAAAAGAAAGAGAAGGACAAGAAGAAGAAAAAGGACAAAGCCUCUGACAAAAAGCGAGCCGGAUGCAAGAACGACAAGGGCGACAGUGAUGGCGAGAAGAAGCUGAGGAAAGGCCGUGCACGUGAAGAGGAGGAGGAGGAGGAAGAGAGAGAGCGUGCACGAGAGGGAGCGCGCCGCAGCAGACGAGAUGAAAGAGCAGAAGAAGAGGAGGAAGAGGAUAGGCGAAAAAUGGAUGUUCGAAGUAGAGAGAGAGAGAGAGAUGGAGGGAGAGAGAGGGAGAGCAACAGAUUAAGGGACAGGGAGAGAGAGCGGGAGAGAGAGAGAGGCAGAGAGAACGAGGAUAAGAGAGAAAGAGAGAGGGACAGGGAUGGAGAGAAACAGAGGGAUAGAGAGAGAGAUAGAGAGAGGAAUAAAGAGAACAGAGACAGGAACAGAGAGAGGGAUGAGAGGAGGAGGAGAUAAACAGUGUUCAUCCCUCUGCUCAGACAGGUGAAUCCUUCCUCUCCUCCUUCUAUCAUCACUCUUUUCUUCUCCUCCUCCUGGUGUCUUGGAUUUGGGACCUGACUCCUGUCUUACUGUCAUUCUGUCUGUAUUUUGUAUUAUUAAUUUUUUUUGUUUGUUAAUGAAAUGAUGAAAAAAAAAACAUUAAAGUAUCU